GGGACCCGGCCCCGCAUCUUCCAAGAUAAGGCAGCUCCGGCCUCGAGGGACGAAGGAAGCUUCCGAGCUCACCCAAACCGCGCACCCCCCGCAGCGAUGUGCGGUGUAGACCCUCCGCGGGAAGGGGCAAUGAGCAGCAAGCAUUUAUGCAGCGCCCGCUGUGUACCGCAGCUACUCUGAGUCCCCCCUCCCUGAGCGACCGAUUGGCCGUGCUUCUUGGACAGAAAGGACAGUGUCUGCAUGCUGAAGAAAAUGGGCGAAGCUGUUGCCAGAGUUGCCAGGAAGGUGAAUGAGACCGUGGAAAAUGACUUAGAUACUUUGGACUUGGCUGAGUGUAAGCUCGUUUCCUUCCCUGUCGGGAUCUACAAAGUGCUCCGGAAUGUCGCGGGGCACAUUCGCUUCAUCAUCCUGGCCAACAACGAGCUCCAGUCCCUCACCAGCAAGUUCAUGACCACGUUCAGCCACCUCCGAGAACUCCACCUGCAGGGAAAUGCCCUGCAUCGUCUCCCUGAUGAGGUCAGCACCCUACAGUACCUCAAGGUUAUUGAUCUGUCCCGGAAUCAGUUCCAAGACUUUCCAGAGAAGCUCACUGCCCUGCAGGCCCUUGAGACCAUCAACCUAGAGGAGAAUGCAAUUGCGGAUGUCCCCGUGGAGAAGCUGGCCGCUAUGCCAUCGUUGAAAAGUGUGAACCUCCGGCUCAACCCCCUGAACGCAGAGGUGCGAGUGAUUGCCAAGCCACUCAUCAAGUUCGACCUCCUGAUGUCCCCAGAAGAAGGCCAGAGCAAUUGAGUGCAGUAGGGCUCAGGCUUGACUUGGCUGGACCCGCUUCCAGAGGGGCAGGACUGAGGAUGCCUGGCGCCUGGACCCUAGCGGGAACUCCAGCAGAUGCCUCCCCUGCAGCCUCUAUGAGGGGCAGGGUGGGCUGUGGAGUCAUUGGGGGAGGGGAGGCCAUGGUGGGGGGGGGAGAUGGGAGGGAUUACAGCAUUUACAAGACGAGUGUGUUAGCAUUGUAGCCAGACCCCAGGAGCAGUGGUGGAGGAGAUGGUCCGAUGGAGGGAGGGGUGCCUAGGCCGGGUUCUGUUUUCUGGGCUCUGACUCUGGUGCCACCAGGAAGUGGCUGGUUCCCUGUGCUGGCCUCGAGCCUCAUCUGGCAGAAAGGGAGAACUUCUCCCUUGUUAUCAGCUUCUCCUGCCCAACGUGUUAGGAGGAGGGAAGCUCCAGGAAGGAGCUGGUGACUCCAAACCUAUGAAUGAUCCUCUCUGAAGAGUCAGGGGGUGUGGAGGAAAAUGUCCUGGGGCCUCUCUGCAGCACUUCUGGCUGUAGGCUUGCGGCUGUACCCCUGGGCUGAAAUGGUCCCCAGGGCUCCAGGCCCUGCCCCUCUCCCUGCCCUUCUGACCACACUGGGCUCUUGUGAGGAAGGUGCUUAGGGAUCCUUUUGGCACUUCUGAGAACAGAGCUGUUAACCCAUCUGUCUCACUCCCUUUGCUCAGCCCAAAGGGACUGCUGCUGGGUCUCAGUGCUCUAGUCUUUUCUUGCUGCUCUCAGCUCAUGGUUGACUCCUUCCUGCCCAAAGCUCACACACCCAGGCUAGUCUAGAAGGGAAAAAUAAGAUCACAGGAUUUAGGGCAGAAGAGGCCUUGGGCCUGAUCUAGUUCAGCCUCUCAUUUUACAGAGGGGCAAACUGAGGCCCACAGGCUAGUGACUGACCCAUGGUCACAUAGGGAGUGAGUGACUGGGCUGUGUUCUGGGGUCCUAGGCCCUGGAACUGGAAGGUGACUCAGAACCUCAAGAAAACAGGCCCAGAGAGAGCACAUAGGUGGUGAAUGGCAGAAUUUGAACCCAGGACCUCCAGCUCCAGGCCAGAAGAGCUGCCUCCGAGCCUGCCUAGAUUGUCCUCUUGCUUUGGUGUGGACGGUGCAGGAGCAGGGGAGGGUGCUCCAGCGGUCAUCCCUUACAUCCUCCAGCCUUUCAGGUUUCAGGGAUAGGAGGUGGCAGCACUGGCCAGUGUACUGCCUCCGUGCCUCAAGCCGUGGUCACUGAGAGUCCCGGGGGACUUCUGGCCUGGGGGCCUGGGUACAUCACUGGUCUCACUCAGGCUCAUCGGGCUAAUACCUCCCUAGUAUUUCACAGGGCUGUUGUGAACCUCAGAGAUCAUUAGUAAGCAUCUGCGUGCCAGGCUCUGCACAUCACGGCCCUGCCCUCGAUGAGGGGGCAUGAGCUCUGGGGAGGUGAGUACACAGAGAAGUCUAUGCAGAAUACAUACAAAGUAAAUAGAAGGUGAUGGGGGGCACGAGCGGCUGGAGGAGGGGCCAAGGACAGCCUCAUUUAGGGGGGCACCUAAGCAGCUGAGGUGAGCAGGGAAAACCUUCCAGGUAUGGGGCACAGCCUGGGCAAAGUCCUGGCAACAGGAAGAGGUAUAGGGAGUGCUCUGCAAACCCUGGAGCACUGUAUAAGGUCUGUGAUCAGCCACAGCAUCCUCCCCACCACCAUUAGAUACACUCCCACAGCAUUACAGCUGCUCAGAUGUGCCUGACCCCAGAUGGAGGUAAUUAAAGGGGCCGACCAUCUGACCAUCCUCCCUGCCAGCGGAAUGAUGACCCCCAAGGCAGGCUGUCCCUAGGAGUCCUGACUAGUGACCUGUCACUUCCAGGGCGGGGGUUGGGGGCCCAGGCUGCUUGGUGAAUGCUCCUGGUGUGGAGAGCCUUCAAAGCCUUUGAGCCCUAGCUCUAGCGUGGUGACCAAGGACAAGUUAUUAGCUUCUCUGAACCUCAGUAUCCCCCUCACUAAAAUAGAGGUCAUCAAACACCUUUGAAAACCUUCCAGAUCUCCAGAAAGGGGAGCUGUUCAGUCCUAAAUCCCCAUGAGGCAGGGAAGGGCAGUGGUCCAGAACCCCCAACUCUUACCCUCCUUCCAUCUGCUUUUCAAGUGAAUUUGGAUGUGAGGCCUCCCUGAGAAUGGACCCAGUGUGGCCUCCAUACCCUUUAAUGCACCUGCCUGCCCAUCUCCCCACACUCUGGGCCACAGCUCUUCCUCCUUCUCCAUCACCAAGUGCUAGCCCCAGAAUGGCCCCAGGCCCACUGGGAGGGCCACUUGAGGAUCCUGGUCGUUGUGAGCCAUUGGCUUGGGGGCAUAGCCAGGUGCCCCCAGGAGGAGAAGAGUAUCAUGGGCUAUUGAUGGGCACUCCCUCUGACACGCUUCCACCCCAAGCUCUGCAUCAACUUCUACGCUCACUUCCCCAAGCACUCUUUCUUUAUUGAUCUCCAGAAACUUGCCAGAGAAUCUGAUGGGGCUGUGGUCCUGGUGGUACUGUUGUGAGGAGCAAGGGGUCGGGGGCAUCCCUGAGCCCAGGACACAGCCCAGACCUCUGCUCUCUGCAGUCCUAAUCCCAGGAGUCUUUCUCCUUAGGGCCUGCCCACCCCUGACUUACUCUGGUCAAUGCCAAGACUCCUGCCUUCUGAUAGCCCCUCAGUAUCUCCCCACUCUUCACAAAUUCACUCCAGAAUCACCCCCCCACACACACACACACACAUUGUUGCUCUCUGUCCUCACACUUCUGUCCUCUGCCUUUAUCCCUGAACCACUAGACCAAAACCACAGUUCACUUGUUCCUAGGACCAUUGGAAUGUAUGCUCCCUGAGAGCAGGGCCUGGGUUUUGGUUUUUGUAUUCUUGGUGCUUAGCCCAGCAUCUGGCACAUAGUAAGUACAUGCUGACUGUUGACUGCCUUCCAAUUUCUGCCUCCGUACCUUUUAACACAUCUGCCUGCCUGCCUGCCCCACUCUGAGCCACAGCUCUUCCUCAUCGCUCCAUCUCCAGGGCCUAGCAGGUGAGGCAUAAAGGGCAGCAGAUUUGGAGGCAGCAUUCCAUUUCUGUCACCUUGAGGACAUACCUUGGCCUCGGUGUACUCAUGUGUAACCUGAGGGUAUUGAACUUGAUGGCCUCCAAGCUCUACAAGUGCUGUCUUCCUAACCAGGCUGACCUGAGCCAAGAAUGCUGGGAACAAGCCAGGAAGAAGAGCCUGGUUCCUUCAUGGGCUCCACAAGUGAGGGGAGGCAGGUGUACCCAAAAGGACUGUGGGUGGGAGUGUGACAGAGGAGGGGUCCAAGGCGGGGCUCUGGGCGCUGGGGUCAGUCUGGUACGGACGCCUGUGCUUUUCACCGAGGCUGAGAGCAUGAGGUUUUAAUACAUGAGGAGCAGCCCCUCAGUUUGGAGAUAGAGGAACUAGGGGAAAUGAGUUAUCCAAGACCACGUGGGCAAGUUUGCCUGAAGUCGCCAUAUCUACACCUUUGUCCACUGCGCCACCCAGCCCUGGCUUCCAGGGUGGCCCGCCCAGCCACAUGCACAGGCCUUGUGCAGCGCACCCCUGGCUAGGCUCAAGGAUGUGAACUUUGGUCUCCACAUUCUGCUGGGGAAGUUUUACUGUGGAAAAUGAAAUUCCUGCCUUGAUAACUUAUGAAAACUUGGCCAGAGAAGCCUUUGGUCUAAAAAAAAAACCCAACCUGUGACGUGAAAUGUGCUUGGUUAGUUUUGGGUUUGCAAUAAAGGACAUGUUGAUCUCACCUGA